AGCCAAAAACCGAGAUUUUAGGUGCGCCGGAACUGUUCAUCAAUCGAGGUAGCACCAUCAAUCUCACGUGCGUCGUCUUGCAGAGUCCAGAACCACCCGCCUACAUUUUCUGGAAUCACAACGAUGCGAUAAUCAGCUACGACUCGAGCAGAGGCGGCGUCUCCGUGGUCACGGAGAAGGGUGACAGCACGACGAGUUUCCUCUUGGUGCAAGAAGCGAAGCCGUCGGACUCGGGACGGUACACUUGUAACCCCAGUAAUGCUCAACCGAAAUCGAUCACUGUACACGUACUCAACGGAGAGUAUCCCGCGGCAAUGCAGCACGGCGGUCAGGCCAAACAACCGAGGCUGUACUCUCUUCUGCUCUGCCUGUGUCUGCUACUUUACUAAUUGCUCCAUUCCAUCGCGCAUUUUCGAAGGGAGAAAUCAGAAGACGCUUUCCAGAAAGCGAAGAAAAAGAGAGAGAACGAAAGAACGAGUGAAUGAGAAUGUAUGAAAGAGAGAGAGAGAGAGAAAGAGAGAGAGAGAGAGGUAUUUCCGUCACGAGUUGUGCGAACAUGGAAGUGCCCAGGUGUCAUGGAAGCCACAGCGAGAUACGUGCGACGAUGUGCAUCCGACGGAGACGCUUUUGACUGUGCACCGGAACGAUGAACUCUUUCGCAACGACGCGCCGUUUGUCGAUGCAACCGAGCGACGACGACGUGUCCGGAAGGGCAGCGCGACGACUACAGGAUGAUGCUUUUAACAAUGAGACCGCGCGCGAUUCGGAAUUGCGAAUAUACAAUAAUACAAUACAAUACAUGUAAGAGAAAUCACGAAAUUCCUAUAUGUAAUAACCGUCGAUGAACAAUCGGUUUUAUUAUAACAAUAGGUUGCUUAUUCAUAAAUAAAAUCAUAAAUUUGACCGAAAACAUGGAUAAGUAUCAUUAUUCGUUGACUAAAGCAUAAUUCCAUAUUCAUAAAACUGAAUAAAGUGCAAUUGAAAUUAUUAUUCAAGAU